AUGGCCGAUAUUCAGCCCCCCUCCAAGGGCCGUAUUGGUCACGAAGGACAACCCCAGGCGCAAGGUCAGCCGUAUGCUGAUCAACCACAAGUCAACAAGGAGGAUAACGGUAUCCAAGCCAAAGGACAACAGAAGCAGCCACGCCGACACACGCGUGAAGAACUUGAACAGUUUUAUUACGAAAUGAUUAAUGGUGGACCCGGGAUAAUAGUCACACAGGCAUCCCACCUACCGGAUUGCGAUAUUGAUCUGCCAGAGGUUACAAAGAAACUCGGAAGACGGAAAGGGUAA